AUGGCUGAGCCAUCGGUUGCGGAUAGUUACUUAGCAGCAGCCCGAUCAGAUCACGAAGAGUCUCCUCAACAAUAUUUACCGGACUUACCUGAAUCAUCUGUACGAGACUCCAAAGCAUUUACUAACACCAAUUCUCACCAAUAUCAUGGACCAAACACUAGGGGAAUUUCUCAAGAAUAUGGACCUCCUAGCUUCCGUGGCGGAUUAUCUCAGGAACAUGGAUAUCCCAACUUGCGCAGUGGUACAGAAUCUGGGAGUAAAUUAUCACAGGAUUAUGCACCGUCAGUCCGUCUCUCACAAGAGUACGACUCUCUUAGCUCUUUGGGACAGAGCUUUUCGGCAGUUAAGUCAAAAACAGGAACAUCGCAACGGUACGGUGCUGUAAGAACGUCUCCUUCGGACGUAUACAGUGCUCCAUCACUCAGAUCGUCUCCAACCACACAAUACGGUGCCCCUGAAUUCCAACCAACGAAUACUGAAGAAUACAAUGCCGCAUUCCAAAGAAACAGUGGCUUUUCGAAUACUAGAAGCUCUUCGACCGUUCAAAAAUACGGUGUGCCCAAAUCUCGUAGUAGCCAGUUGCGUUCUGGCUCCGUAUCACAGGAAUAUUCACUUUCUUCAAGAUCUAAUGCACAGCAGGCGCAUAAGACAUUAGAAGAUUUCUCAUUUGGCGCUCAAAGUCUCGCCAAAUCAUCAAGAAACAGUCCUUCCCAAAUUUAUGGAACACCAGCUAACACUCUGGCGACUCAGUAUAGUGCACCUGAAGCUAGAAAUGCUGGUGCAUAUUAUGGUGAAUCAGGUGUGUUGUCGACAACGUACAACAGACCUAAUGGAAGGAGUACCUCUCAGGAAUAUGGUGUGCCAGAAACAGGAACAGCUUUGAAAUCAAGCACCCUUGCUUCAUCUUAUCCAUCAGCUAGAUCACCAUUUCGGGAAUACGGUGCACCAUCAUCUCGUACCGCCAUGCCCUCGCCGCAGUACGGGGCUUCAAGAAACCUCGACGGAUACUCAGACCAGAGCUACGAGAGCUAUGCAAGAAAUUCUUUAGAAUUGCUUAAUCAGGAACCAGCGAACUACGAGUUCUCCUACAAAGUGAGCGACUACGAGAGCGGAAGUGACUUUGGCCACGCGGAAAACCGGCAGGACGAUAAAGCAGAAGGGGCGUACUUUGUCGUACUUCCUGAUGGAACCAAACAGGUGGUAGAGUACGAGGCUGAUGAAAAUGGAUUCAAGCCAAGGAUCUCGGUUAUACCAGCCGACACUGCGUCUAGCCGCGCAGGCAGAUCCGUGGCUACACACAUUGUGGCCUGUAACAAUUUUUCACGACGACUUACGGAAAAGAAUUUGAAAAUGUUUGCCGUUAUUAUACUAGUGUUCACCGCCAUAGUACUCAACGGAGAAACAAUGGCCGAACGUGGCACGCCUGAAAGUUAUGAUUUUCAAUAUCCAGAACUGGAUGACGAUACUUUUCAAAAAGAAGAAAAAUUAAAAAGAAAAUAUGACGGCGGGAUUUGGGACAAAAAUGCAGACCCUGAUCCCUGUAACGAUGAUACGAGAAGAAUCCUCAAUAAGAAGGCGCUUUCGACACUCGGAACAAAUCUGCAAAUUUGCAAAGAAACCAAUCGGGGAGUACUGGCGAAGUUAUGUAACCAUUGGAGACACAGUUUACACGAUAAAUAUCUUUCCAAGGUGAUUCCUAAUUACCAAUGA